GGGUAAAAGUGUAUUACAUGAUGGCUGCGGAAAAUUCAAUUCGAUAAUUCGCCGUUUUUUUUAAGGAACAUGAAUUAGAGAGCCACGUAGAAGGAAAAAGUAGACGAGGAAAUGAGGGAAAAGUUGGAUACCGCUCAACGGGAGCGAAACCUCAAAUUUUGAAGUUACUGCAGUUAGAUGUAUCUCUUUGAAUUUUCAAUUCUUUUUCCUAGUUGGUUAUCAUUUUACUUUUCUGGCCUUUUUCCCCUUCAUUGUACCCGUUAAACGAUUUCUUUUUUUCGCAUUUCCACACGCAGCGACCAAAGAUAACCCAGUUGCUCUUUGGGCUAAUAUCAAUCAGAAUCCUGUGUGUUUCCACGCAAAAGGGCGACGGCCUGGAAUGUUUCAUUACCUGGGUGAGGGCAAGUUAGUUGGUGCAAUGAAACUUGUCUUUGUUCGAGGCUCUGUAAGGUGUACUAAUGAUCCUAAAUUCAGCAGUCGAUGGGGUUGCUACCGUCAUCCCGAUAACGCCAGGUAUCCUCUGAACGUUGUGGUCACAGAUGCGGACGACCAUGUUAUCUACCCCAUCGAGAAAUACAUCAUGAAGACAGGCCUAUGGUAUUACUUGCCUUUCACAGACGCUACGAGCUCUAAUCAACUGGUGUACACCGACUAUGCCAAUCCCUUUUAUCUAGAAAAGUACACAAUGAUGAAGAUUUGGUAUGGAGAGGAUUUAAUGAAUUAUGAUAAUCAUGACAAUAGAGGCAGAGUGUGUGUGCAUGUGUGGGUGCACCUUAUGUAAAGAAAAAAAUUAUUUAUGAUUGUCUUGACUGUGACACUCAGUUACAAUAAACUAAAUAGCAACAAAGAAUAUAGCCAAUCAGAUUACAGGAUUUGCUUUGAACUGCAGUAAUGUCUGCCAAAAUACACUUAUUAAUAACAGUAGUUUCAACUUAUGUAUUUCAAUAAUUACAUUUUAUUAGCUUAAGUUACCCAUUUAUGCUAUACUUAAGUUAAGCUGGUG